AUGCCUUUGUGUGACGUCUUUACAUUUCUUACUCAGGGGACAAACGAACUGAACCGCAGACUAGAACGUCAGGUGCUGCUGAGUCGGUCCAUCUACCUUGUCUGCGGCAAGUUUACUUCGGGCAUCAAUAGUAAAUUAGGCGUUGGAGAGCCGGAGUUGCUUUUCCUGCGAUUUGUCAUCUGCUCCUACAUGACUACUCUGGAGGAUGUGCUCUUCGCUUUUGACACAAUCUCCAAGGCGGCGGAUCUAGUCUUGGCGAGCUAG